AUAAGAAGUUUUCGUUGAUUAAGCAUCAGAUUAGUUUCGAUCUAAACUUUCUUAAAUGUGUUUAUACAACGGCAAAUGAUGUUACGUUAUUUUUUUCACAAUUCCUAUUCAAAAUUGUACAUAUUUUUAAUAGCAACGAUUAUUCUUUAUACUAUUUAUAGUUUCGAAGAAAAAACCAGCAAUUUUUACAAAAAAGGAUCUAUUAUCUCAAUUAUAAAACAAGAUUAUUUAUAUUUAAUUAAUAAUUCGAAGUGCAAAAUACCAGAGAGCGAUCCGUAUAAUGAAGAUAUCGUUAAUUUUAUUAAAGAAGAAAAAUAUUUUAAAUGCUCGUCAAAACAUCUUCUAACGUAUAUUAGCAAAAAAAAUGAUAUCGUUACGUUAAACGUAAAUCAAAGUUUAUUAGGAGAAUAUAGUAUUUUUAAUGUCAAUUGUUGUUAUUCUAAUAUAACAAGAAUUAAUUACGAAAAAUCAAAUGAUAAUCAAAUCAAGUUAUCUAGCUGCGUUUAUUUCGAAAAGUCAGUAGAAUUAAAAUUUCCUUUCGUAAAAGUGAUAUGUUCGACAUUAUUCUACGAAGUAUACGCUAACGUACACGCAACCACAUUUCCGAUAAAGAAAAAAAAACGAACGCAUUCCGAUUCGAAAUACAGCGUACUACUAUUGGGUAUAGACAGUAUGUCAAAAGCGAAUUUGAAACGGACGAUGCCGAAAACUUACGAACACGUUGAACGUACCAUGGUUAACCUUAAAGGGUAUAAUAAAAUAGGCGAUAAUACAUUUCCAAAUUUAAUGGCCGUACUGUCGGGCUAUUCCAUGGAUCAGUUAUCGAAAUUUUGUAACAAAAAAAUAAAACAAAAUAACUGCAAAUUUAUUUGGGAUAAUUUUAAAUUUUCCGGUUAUACGACAGCUUACGCCGAAGACGAAUGCAGUAUAUCGACUUUCAAUUACGAUAGACUCGGUUUUUUACAACCACCCACCGAUUAUUAUUACCACCCCUAUUUCAUAGCAGCCGAAAAACUACCCGUCAUCGAAAGAGGUAGAAUGAUUUACUGCGCAGGUCCGGAAACGUCCGGCGAACGUAUCUUGAACGCGGCAAGAGAUUUCUCGAUAACCUUCAACGACACGCCAUCUUUCGGAUUGUUUUGGAGCAAUAGUUUUAGUCACGAUGACGUAAAUAUGCCCGGAGUUAUGGACGAUGCUUUUUUAAAUCUAUUAUCGAAUCGGGAAUUUUUAAUUUCUUUGAAAAAUACGAUUUUAAUUUUUUUUAGCGAUCACGGGUUUAGAUUCGGCGAUAUUAGAUACACUCAUACAGGGUGGUUGGAAGAAAGAUUACCUUUUAUGUAUAUACGAGUUCCGGAUGGUUUUAAAUCGAAUUUUCCGGAAAAAUUCGAUGGUUUAUUAGUGAAUUCCGGUAGGUUAACCACACCUUGGGAUAUUUUUAAUACCCUACAGGAUAUUUUGAAAUUGCAAAAUGAUUCGUACGAAGUUUUAAUUAGUCCCGGUUGUCGUUCGUGUCAAUCUUUAUUUCGAGAAGUAAUCGAAAGUAGAAGUUGCGCAGACGCUAAUAUAGAACAGCACUGGUGCACGUGUAACGGCCAUAAUUAUAUCGAUCCGAAUGAUCGGAGAGUCGAAUCGAUAUCUCGGUUCGUCGUUGACGAAGUGAAUCGAUUAAUCGAUACGUUCGAGGACGGCGCGUUGUGUAUGAGAUACGAUUUGAGGAAUGUUAGAAUGUCCGGGGUGUCCGAAUAUUAUUUUAACGGUAAAAAUGAAAGUUCGCGUUACUUUUUGGUUAUGGUGGAAACGAAUCCGCCGGCUAUGUUCGAGGCUACCGUCGAGGAAGUCGUCGACGGGGAGGAUUUGAGGUUGUUGGGCGAGGUGAGUAGAAUCGAUCGAUACGAACCUGUUACCAGGUGUAUCGAAACAAACGGUUCGUUGAAAAAAUAUUGUUACUGCGAUAGUUGGUGGGCGAGAUUUAAAAAAACGGUUUGGUGAACAUUUUUGACGUAGGAGUCGAUUGCUGAACGUAAUUAUGAUCAGAAAAUUACGUCACGCGCCAGGAAACGUAUUAUCGCAUCGAUGCAACGUUGCCAGUUCUAAUGAUUUUUCAGUAGAUCUCCUGAUUUAACUCGUUUAAUGCAUUAUUUCAUAUUUUUUUCAUUCAUAUAGUUUUUUUUAUUACCAUUUGUUUAAUAGACCGUUUUUUUUUUCAAAAAAUUGCGUCGUUUUCCAGGAAAUUUCUUUAUAGAAAACUUUCGCAAUGAUGCGGUGUUGCCAAAAAAUUCAGUGUUUUAGAGGGGGUUACGUCAUUUUGGUAAGAUUUUCGCAUCGAUGCGACGUUGCCAGUUCUAAUGAUUUUUCAGUAGAUCUCCUGAUUUAACUCGUUUAAUGCAUUAUUUCAUAUUUUUUUCAUUCAUAUAGUUUUUUUUAUUACCAUUUGUUUAAUAGACCGUUUUUUUUUUUCAAAAAAUUGCGUCGUUUUCCAGGAAAUUUCUUUAUAGAAAACUUUCGCAAUGAUGCGGUGUUGCCAAAAAAUUCAGUGUUUUAGAGGGGGUUACGUCAUUUUGGUAAGAUUUUCGCAUCGAUGCGACGUUGCCAGUUCUAAUGAUUUUUCAGUAGAUCUCCUGAUUUAACUCGUUUAAUGCAUUAUUUCAUAUUUUUUUCAUUCAUAUAGUUUUUUUUAUUACCAUUUGUUUAAUCGACCGUUUUUUUUUCGAAAAAUUGCGUCGUUUUCCAGGAAAUUUCUUUAUAGAAAACUUUCGCAAUAAUGCGGUGUUGCCAAAAAAUUCAGUGUUUUAGAGGGGGUUACGUCAUUUUGGUAGAUUUUCGCUUCGAUGCGACGUUGCCAGUUCUAAUGAUUUUUCAGUAGAUCUCCUGAUUUAACUCGUUUAAUGCAUUAUUUCAUAUUUUUUUCAUUCAUACAGUUUUUUUUAUUACCAUUUGUUUAAUCGACCGUUUUUUUUUUUCGAAAAAUUGCGUUCUUUUCCAGGAAAUUUCUUUAUAGAAAACUUUCGCAAUAAUGCGGUGUUGCCAAAAAAUUCAGUGUUUUAGAGGGGGUUACGUCAUUUUGGUAGAUUUUCGCAUCGAUGCGACGUUGCCAGUUCUAAUGAUUUUUCAGUAGAUCUCCUGAUUUAACUCGUUUAAAGCAUUGUUUGAUAUUUUUUAUGAUUCUCAGAUUUUUUAGAAUUUACACAGUUUUUUUCUCACUAUUUUUUCAAUCGACAAGAAAAUUCUAUUUUUUUUUUUCAAAAAAUUACGUUUUUGUUUUUUUCUCGCCAUUUUUUCUUUAAAAAAAGAUUUUUUUAGAAAGAGUUGUCAUUUUCGUAGAUUUUCGCAUUAAUGCGACGUUGGCAGAUCUAACGAUUUCUCAGUAGACCUUGUGAUUCAACUCAAAAUUCAGUGUUUGACAUUUUUAUUGUUUCGAGAUUUUUUUUACUUGCCAUUUCAUUAAUCACCAAGAAAAUUCAAAUUAUUUUGGAGAAAAUUGCGUCGUUUUUCAGGAAACGUCAUUUUCAGAAGUUUUCGCAUUAAUGCGACGUUGCCAGAUCUACCCAUUUUUCAACGAAUCUACUGAUUUAUUUCUAAAUUUAGUAUUUGAGAUUUUUCAUCGAGAUUUCGAGAAUUUUUACAGUAUAUUUUGUUUUUUUUUUUUUCAUCAUCAUAUGUAGACAUCAUUUUAAUGUUUUUUUCACUGGGAUUUGAAAAUUUUAUUAAAUCCUAUUGAUAUCUACGCCUAUGAUAGUUAUUUGGAUUAGAAAUUGUUUUUUUUUUAAUAAAUAAACUUGUUACGAAAA